AUGGCUCAAACUUUCCACAUCCUCAUUCUCCCAGGCGACCACGUUGGCCCUGAGGUCAUGGCUGAAGCCCUUAAGAUCCUCAACGUUGUGGAAGAAUGUCGCCCCAACCUCAAAUUUGAGCGCACCUUUGACCUCGUUGGCGGCAGUAGCAUCGAUAAGCAUGGCGUGCCCGUCACGGAAGAAGUUCUCGACAAGGCUAGCAAGGCAGACGCGGUUUUGUUUGGAAGCGUGGGAGGGCCAGAGUGGGCAGAUGCUUCUCCCAACCCAGAGGCUGGCAUUCUGGGGCUUCGGCAGAGACUGGAUGCAUUUGCCAAUCUGAGGCCGUGCGAGAUCCUCGUGCCGUCCCUGUUGGAUGCGUCCCCCCUCAAGCCGGAGAUUGUCAAGGGCACCAAGUUUAUCGUCGUCAGAGAAAACUGUGGCGGUGCUUACUUUGGAGAAAAAGUCGAGAAGCUCGAGGUUGCUUCCGAUCUCUGGGUCUACAAGCCUGACGAGGUUGAGCGUUGCGCUCGAGUCUCAGCAGCAGUGGCUCGAAUCCUGGGCCGAAACGGGGACGGCAAAGGCGGCGGUGGUCCGGCCAUUGUAUGGAGCGCCGACAAGGCGAAUGUUCUCGCCAGCGGCAGACUGUGGCGAAGAGUCACCCAGAACACCUUCACCAGGGAAUUUCCCGACAUUGAGCUUCGGCAUCAGCUCGCUGACAGCAUGGCGAUGCUCAUGGUCAAGAACCCGCGCGGCUUCAACGGCGUGAUACACACGGACAACACCUUUGGCGAUAUCCUCUCUGACAUCUCCGGCGGCAUCGUAGGCAGUUUGGGGACGUUGCCGAGCGCGAGCAUCUCGGGCAUCCCCGGCCAGGGUCGCUGCAACGGGAUCUACGAGCCAGUGCACGGGAGCGCGCCUGAUAUCGCGGGAAAGGGCAUUGUGAAUCCUGUCGCGCAGAUUCUAAGUCUGGCGAUGCUGCUGCGGUACUCGUGCGUGCUUGUUGACGAAGCUGCAGCCAUUGAAAAGGCGGUUGAGACGGUGUUGGACUCGAAGGAGGCGGGAGGGCUUGGUAUCCGGACGCGGGACAUGGGAGGGGAGGCUGGGACAAAGGAGGUCGGCGAUGCUAUUUCCGUAGAGCUUCGGCGGCUUCUGCAAGCGAGCUAA